AUGGCGCCCACUGAACCUCCUGCCCAAGUGUCGUCGGUCACCUACUCGGAGCUGUCCGACAUCGAGGCCGACUUUGACGACUUUAACGUCGAGCUGCUCAUCCAGCAGGCCGCCCGCGAGCGCACCCUCUACGAGCGCCGCGCCGAGAUAGUCCGCCGCAUCGCCGGUUUCUGGCCGCUCGUGUUUGAGCAGGCGCCGCCCGAGAUCGACCAGUGCGUGCAGCCCUCUGACGCCGCCGUGAUCCUGUCAGCCCUCGAGGAGAUUGAGGUUGUGCGCUUCGAGAUUGGCAGUCGUGGCGACGGACAGGACGGCCAGAGCGGCGACCCCCGCAGCGUCGCCAUCCGCUUUACGUUUGGCGAGAACGACCUGUUUGAGGACCGCGUGCUCGAGAAGCGCUUCUGGCACCGCCGCGCGCCCGCCAAGGUCGGCGCCGACGGCAAGCCGUCCGGCAAGGACGCAGCGUCGGAGUCGUGGGCCGGCCUCGUCAGCGAGCCCGUCGCCAUCAAGUGGAAAGAGGGCCGCGACCCUACCAACGGUCUGCUGGACCUGGCCGUCCAAGUGUGGAAGGAGGGCGCCUCGUCUUCAUCGUCUUCUUCAUCUGCUGCUGCAACGUCCGCGUCGAGCAAGGCCAGGGACGAGCUCAGUGCUCAGCUGAGCAAGACGGCGAUUGGCGGCCUGAGCUUCUUCGCGUGGUUCGGCUACGUGGGCCGCCGCAUCAGCGCCGAGGAAAGCGCGGCUGCGGUUGCCCAGGAGCGCGAGCAGCGUGCCGAGCGCAAGGCCAAACGGGCCAAGGGCGAGAAGGUGGGCGACGAGGACGAGGAAAAGGAGGACGACGAGAAGAACGACGAAAAGGACGACAAGGACGACGAGGAGUACGAGUACGAGAUCUUCCCCGACGGCGACACUGUGGCUCUGGCUCUGGCCGAGGAUCUGUGGCCCAAUGCCAUCAAGUACUUCCGCCAGGCCCAGGAGCAGGAGACCCUGAGCGACGCCGACUUCGAGGAGGACUAUGACGACAUUGCCGAGGACGACGACGAGGAGGACGAGGAGGAAGUCCCGCCGGCCAAGAAGCAGCGGACGUAG